AUGUUCGCUUAUUCUUGUUCCUCUUGUGCUAUACGGGUCUUCACCAGGCUAACACAAAGAACAACGUAUUUUCCUAGAAGCCCCUCAUUUCACCAGCCCACUUCGCACCGCAUUCCGAUCCAGCUUGCUUUAUUCAGCUGUUAUAUGAGCCGUCAUCAGCUCGGUGAUUUUCCCUCACCGCGCGCAAAGAAGAGACGGCGUAUUUCUACUACCACGGCUGCGGAAGCCGGCGUUGCAACCAUGAAUCCAGCCGCGGACGGUACCUCGCAACAGCUCCCGACCAUACAACUCACUCCCUGCGAAACUACGUUGAAGGAUCUUCUUCUCGACGUCGCCCAGUAUAUUCAAGACUGCGAUACAGCGAACAGACAUGGCGAUGGGACUAAGACUGUCCUUCGGUUCACAGGAGGCUGGGUGCGGGAUAAGUUGUUGGGUGUGGAAAGCCAUGACAUUGACGUUGCGAUAAAUAACAUGACUGGUUAUCAGUUUGGUACUAUGCUUAAAGAAUAUCUGGAUAUCCCCGAGAACUUGGAUAAGUAUAAAGGGCAGAAUGGAGAGAAGGAACUCAGCCUCCAUAAAAUAGAGGCGAACCCAGAGAAGUCAAAGCAUCUGGAAACUGUGACAACCAAGAUAUUUGGCUUCGACGUGGACUUGGUCAACCUCCGAAAGGAAGCGUACGAUGAGAAUAGUCGGACGCCUCAAAUGGAGUUCGGAACAGCGGAGGAAGAUGCCUUGCGCCGAGACGCGACGAUAAAUGCUCUGUUCUACAAUUUAAAUGAAUCAAAGGUGGAGGAUCUCACCGGGAGAGGUUUGGACGACAUGCGUGAUGAGAUUAUUCGGACGCCGAUGGAGCCAUAUCAGACUUUCAAAGACGACCCCCUUCGAGUGCUGCGACUCAUUCGCUUUGCUAGCCGACUAGGGUUCCGCAUUGACAAAGAUACAGAGAAUGCAAUGCAACAUGGCGAUAUUGGCGCCGCGCUCAAGCUCAAGAUCAGUAGGGAACGUGUGGGCAUAGAGGUGCAAAAGAUGCUUCAAGGCCCUGAUCCACGUGGUGCGCUUCACAUCAUUGAUCGCCUUAACUUAUAUCCCAUUAUUUUCGCGAACUUCCAGGACGACGUUACAGCGGACUAUUCCACUUGGUCUCUCGCUUACGAAGCGCUCCACCGCUUGUGUUCAGAGGAUGAUUCAGGAACUAUCAGUCGAGUUCGCAGCUUGCUCGUUCGUGACCCUCUCGAGACAUAUUAUUCCUGGGUUAUUGUUGCAUUUGCACCUUGGUCAACGGUUCCUACACGCGUUCAAGGAACGAAAUUGAUACCGCCGCGGAUGGCGGAGACCGCACGGGACAGCCUGCGGGCGGAUAACAGAACCGUGAAUAUACUAAAACAAACAGGUACCCAUUGGCGCAACAUCAUUGAUGUGAAAACCGCGCUGGUGGAAGGCCGAAUGGAAGGAACAGCUGCGGAAGUUCGGCAGCAACUCGGGUUGCACAUUCGAUCAUGGAGCACGGACUGGAGAUUCUGUGUCCUCUUGUCGCUUCUACAGGAAAUCAUGCAGGGAGGGAACUUUGUCAAAGUGGUGCAAAGCUAUGAUCAAUUCCUUUCCUACAUUGUAGAGCAGGACCUCCAAGACGUCUGUGAUCUGAAACAUAUAGUAAAAGGGGACGAAAUCAUGGAGGCAUUCGAAACCAGAAAGAAGGGGCCCUGGGUCUCCAACGCUUUGAAGCUCGUAAUUGAGUGGCAAUUACUGCACCCUGGCGUUGAAGACAAGGAAGGGGCUCUGAAGUAUCUUCAAUCUAAGAGAGAAGAGAUAGGCCUAUGA